UGUAUAUAUUUGUAUAUUUAUAUUUUUUUUUGGAACCCCCUCUUUGUUUCGUUGUCUUUUAUCUGGGGGGGAAAAGAAAAUAAUAAAGGAAAAAAAAAUGACAGGCUCAACACAUGAAGAUGAAGACACCAAAGCAUUUUUUGCAGAGAUAGAUAAAGAAACGAAACAAGAUUAUGAGACCUGUAGUCUUUCACAAGCAUUUGAUGCUGUAUUUCAAUGUUAUACAUUGGGUGCACAAGCUAUUCAUUAUUAUAGAUAUGGUACAAAAAAGGAUUGUUCAGGGAAAUGGGAAGAUUUUAAGUUUUGUUGCAAGACAAAAACAAAAUCAUCCGAGAAAGCACAUAUGAUGAUUAAGCAACGUCGAGCAGAGAAAGAAGAAAUGAAAAGAAAAGGAAGAAAUUCAGAAGAAGUUUGGGAAUUACAACAAUAAAAAAAAAAAAAAAGAAA